UAUAAAAAAGAAAAUGGUGGAUUGGGGGACAAGGAUGAAGACAAAGAUGGAGAGGGAGGAGGCGGUGGUGGGUUUGAGCGGAGGAGAUGAAAUAGAAAUAGGAAUAGAAAUAGAAAGGGCUAAGCAAAGAUGCAGACUUGUUAUAGAUCGAAUUCGAAUACUCAGCUCAUCCUCAUGCUCAUCUCUUUCCUCCUCCUCCUCCUGCAACCGAACCCUUCUCAGACUUGCCCAGUCCGAGCUCUCUUUCCUUUCUCGUUUACCCAUUCUUCCCAAUUUGAAUUUGAAUUUGAAUUCACGCAGUUUGAACAUUGGUCAUCUUGAGGCAGUGGUCCACAUCCUCCAGCAGCCAUUUGUGAAAGGGGUGUCUCGUGUUUGUAAGCCCAUUCCUCUCCCACCUUUGCCUCCUUCUUCUUCUUCUUCGAAUCUCCUCAAUAAAAAUUCAAAAAUACAUGUUGAUAUAGUAUGCAGUCUCAAUGGAAACCCAGUCUGGUUCCUUGUUUCUGCUAGAAAUCCCAACUAUAUCUUUUGGAAUAAUAACAAUUAUAAUGCCUCUUCUUGUGCAAAUAAUAAUAAUACUAAUACUAAUACUAAUAACUUGAAGAAGAAGAAGAAGAAGAAGACCUUCUUUUUAAGAACUCGAAUUCAACAACUUCUUGAUGCGGCUUCCCACUCCCCCCCAUCAACUAAACCUUGUUCAAUCAUCCUUUUCUUCUCAAAUGGACUUGAUGACACUAUUCGCUCUAAGCUUGAACAUGAAUUUGGAGCCUCCUCUGACUUGGGUUUCCACUUUCCCCAUUUCCAUCUUUCUAAGGAAUUAGAGGGUGGUGGUGGUGGUGGUGACUGGAUAUAUCCACCUCCACCUCCUCUUCCUCCUCCGUCUCUGUGUGUCCUUCAAAUAAAGAUUGAUCUUUCAAGGGGUAGGGAUAGGGAUCCCAUUCCACAGAUAGAAUGUGGGGGGUUAAAGGAUUCACUCCUGCUCCUGUCUGCUGCUGCUGCUGCAACCCCCACCAAAGAAGACUGCAUUCCUUUCAACUUCGCUACCUCUUUCUUCUCUCUCAUUUCUAGAAUGAAAUUAGGCCCCUUGGAUGUCAAUGUCAAUGUCAAUGACGCUGAAUUUGCUCCACAAAAGGACUUGUCGCUUCAAGCUGAUCUCAUAAAUUUUGAUACUACUGCUUUGAUUGCUCUUAUAUCGGGAAUCAGUAAUGGCAGUACACACAAUAUUCUGGCUAAAUCCGAGAGCGAAUUAAGGAAGCGCUUUAAGAGCAACUAUGAGUUUGUGAUUGCCCAGGUAAUGUCUGAAAUUCAGAAUCCAAUCCACAUGGAACUUGGUGGUGUGCUAUUUGGAAAGAGAGGCAUGAUAUGUGAAAGUGUUUGUUCGGAGUUUAAAGAGUUAGUGUCAAUGUGUGGGGGGCCAAAUGAGAAGUCAAGGGCUGAUCACUUGCUAAAAUGCCUCAUCAACAGGGAAAAAAAAUUAAUUAAGCAAAACUAUUACAAUAGGAGGAGGACCAGAGAUCCACCAAGAAGAUUAAAAAAGAAAAGAAGAGAAACAAAAAGUAGAAAAUUGCACACUACUUUCCAAUCUCUCUACCUAUCUAAAAUAAAAGGAUCUCCUUAGGAGGAGAAACUGACUACCAAAAUGAAAAUAGGUAAUAAAUCCUAUCCCACAAGACUCCCAAUUCAUCAAACUUAUCUUAAAAAAUUCUCAUUCCUUGCAUUCCUUUCUAACCAAAAUACCCAAAGAAUUGUGCAAUUGAACAAUUCCAUUAAGCCCGAGCCUUUGCAUUGGACCCAUGGUCUUCACCUUAAGCUUCCAAAUGGGUCUCUAACCAGUCAAGGGCUGUGCCAGUGGUAUAUGGAACGUUUUUUUUUCCUUCCCUUUUGUUUAAUGUUUGUUUGUUUUUCUUGUUUUUUCUUUCUUUUCUGUUUUCCCCCUUUCCCUCCAGUUUUCAACAAUUUACAGAAGUAAAAUUUGAUGUGGAUAUAUAUGCAAGGAAACUAUACAACACAAGACUAAUUUUCUAGCAUCGCCACUGAUUUUAUAUUGUAAAAAUAGUAAAAUUAGAAAGCACAUUGAUUCAAUGUGGAUCAUACUCUAAUUGAAUUUUCUUUAUGCUUAUGAAGUAAGUAAUUUUUUAGCGUCAUCACUGAUUUUAUAUUGUAAAAAUAGUAAUAUUAGAAAGCACAUUGAUUCA